AUGGCCCUUCCGGAUGUGACCCAUUUGGAGAUGGUUGAUGAAGCUGCCGAAGAGUCAAUUGAGAACGUUAGCACAGGCCCAUUUGUCUGGCUCUGUGCUUUUGCAGCUUCUAUAGCUGGUGCACUCUUUGGUUACGACACAGGAAUUAUCUCCGCUGUUCUUGUAUAUCUGGGCACAGACCUUGACGGCCAUGAGAUGUCCGCAAGCCAGAAAGAACUUAUCACGGCUUUAUGCUCGGCCGGAGCAUUCGUCGGCUCCAUCCUCGCAGGUCUUACAGCGGACAGAUUUGGUCGCAAGGGUGCUAUCUAUUGUGGUUGCUUUCUCUUUACAAUCGGUGCUGUUGUCCAGGGUGCUGCUUACAGCCUCGCCCAGAUGUGCGUUGGCCGUUUGAUUGUCGGCUUCGGCGUCGGCUCCGCCGCUAUGGUCGUCCCUUUAUACAUCGCCGAGAUCGCUCCCACGAAUGUCCGUGGACGUAUGAUUGGACUGAACAACAUGUCCAUAACAGGAGGUCAGGUCAUCUCAUACGGAAUUGGAGCUGCCUUUGCACAAGUCCCCCACGGUUGGCGGUACAUGGUUGGGCUUGGCGGUGUCCCAUCCGUUAUACUGGCGUGCAUUCUUCCUUUCUGCCCCGAAUCGCCCCGUCAACUGAUAUGGCAUGGACGUAAAGAGGAAGCUACUCGGAUUAUACAACGAAUUUACAAACAUGCCAGCUCCCAGCAAGUCCAGACAAAGGUUGCGCUUAUUGAGGCGGCAUGCGAAGAGUCAAAGGCCCUCAACCAAGGCACAAGUCGCUGGUCAAUGGUCAAGCAGCUUCACACCAAUCCCGCCAAUUUCCGAGCUUUAGUAUGUGCUUGUGGACUGAUGGUCCUAUCACAAAUGUCCGGCUUCAAUACUCUCAUGUACUAUUCUGCGACCUUGUUCGACAUUGUCGGCUUCUCCAACCCGGUUGCUGUCGGACUUGUUGUUGCGGGCGGCAAUUUCUUUAUGACCUGGGUAAACAUGAUGACAGUCGAUCCUUUUGGUCGGCGGCGAGUCCUUGUAUGCACAGUGUGGGGCAUGUCCGCAGGCCUUCUUGCCGUGGCCGUUGCAUUUAGUUUCAUCCCAGUCAAUACCGAGACCCUUGAGGUUCAAGAUAGGAGGAUCUCUGCACCAGCGAUCGUUGUGCUGGUCUUUAUUAUCUGGUUCGUGUUGUUCUACGGAGUUUCGGUUGGCAAUACUGCCUGGAUGAGCACCGACUUCUUCCCAAUGGAGGUUCGUGCAAUGGGAACAAUGUGGUCAUUACACAGGAUGACGUGUUGCUGCUGGGGCUCCAACAUUAUCGUCUCCUCUACUUUCCUCUCUAUGAUGAAAGGCAUAACUCCAUCUGGCGCCUUUGGCUUCUAUGCCGCUAUUUGUGGUAUUGGCUGGGUUUUAGUCAUCUUCUUCUACCCAGAAGUCUCUGGUCUAACUCUGGAGGAGACUACUGAAGUGUUCCAGCAUGGCUUCGGAGUCAGAUAUGCUCGUCAGCUGAGAAAGGAACGUAAAGACAUUAUUAAAGCCCGCAAAGAAUAUGAGAAGCAACACGGUGGUGGUACGAUUGCAAUGGGCCACUAG